AUGGAUGGCAGAGGUGGUGGAGGUGGAGGUGGAGGUGGAGAUGGUGGUGGAUGGGGUGGAGGGGGAGGGGGAGGGGGAGGGCCAGGUGGUUGGGGUGGAGGUGGAGGGCCGGGUGGUUGGGGUGGAGGUCCUGGAGGGGGUGGGCCUGGUGGAUGGGGUCAUGGGCCAGGAGAACCAGGUUGGGGUCUAGGUCCCGGAGGACCAUGGGGUCUUGGCCUGGGAGGACCUUGGGGUAGGCCUGGCGGACUUUGGGGUCCGGGAUAUGGUGGCGGGUGGUGGGGCGGACCUGGUGGCUUCUUUGGUGGCUUUGGCAAUGGGAUAUACGAGAUGAUAUAUUCUUGUUUCUCCUGCUUGUGCUGCUGUUGUUUACUAGAUGAAUGCUUUGGUGGACCUCGCGGCGGAUACGGACCUCCUCCAUUCUGAUACAGUUUGUUUUCCUACUGCAGUUCUACUGUUAUGAGGUUGGUUCACUUGGUUUGAAUACCAAAUGCAGUCACCCAAUACUUGGGAGUUAUAUAUAGUAUUAGUCAUGCAAAUGGCUCCAAGUAAGAUACAGAUUAUUACGUGCACAUUGUGUUUUGAGUUUUGUUAAUGUAGAUUUUAUUGAAGAAAGUUGUAUUGUGUGAGCUUUAUGCUGAGUUCUUCAGUUACACUGUUACGGGAACUUAGUUGUUUACUUCAAAUUGAAAUGAUAGCCACUUAUUCUUCCAAAUGCAAUCUUUGAGACAUGAUUAAAUUGUU